AUGAAGUAUUUCAAUGCCCUCCGGCAACAGAUUGUGAAUGAAUACUGUCAGAUUGACGAACGUCGAUACAAAACAUUGAUCGGAGAGAAUGCUGACGAGGCGGCGACGGCGAUGGCCGAGAAACUAAUAGAUGUUUGCGAGAGCGAGGAGUUUCUGCAGAAAGGGAUAUUGGAUACGAUGGCGGAGAUUGAGGAGAGAAACGAAGGGUCGAAGGAGAUGGAAAGGGAUUUGAACGAGCUGCAUCGAGUUUUUGAUGAGAUGGCGGUUAUGGUGAAGAAUCAGGGAGAAGAGAUCGAUGAGAUUGAGAAUCAAGUGAAGCGAUUCAGUUCAUUUGUAAGAGGAGGAAUUGAUCAGAUAUUGGCACGUAAGUAUUAUCAGAAGAAUUCUCGCAAAUGGAACUGCUUCGUUAUUAUCUUCCUCCUUCUACUACUUAUCAUUCUCUUUGCCGUUUUAUUUAUGGUCUAA